AUGGAUAGAUCUCGUCAUUCUGCAUCGAAUGAUAUUUUACCAGUAUAUCCUGCUGAUAUUCGUCCCACUACUUGGGAUAUCUCUGAAACUUCUGGGAUAUAUAGAUCUCGUCAUUCUGCAUGCAAUGGUGUGGGGCACGCAUUGUAUAUUGGUGAACACACGUAUAACCUCUCCGCGGCUAUCAAUAAUACAAACCAACACUUCACAGCUAUGAUCAAAGCACAAGACGGCAGUUAUUACCAUUUUGAUGACACACAUCAUAAAGGAUGCAUCAGUCACGACNUUGAUCGAGGGUGGAAAACGAGUGUUACGCAUUGGAUCGAGUGGAGUGACGUUAGUGAAACGCGAAUCGUUUUUAUGAGCUGUGAAGUUAAAUGA